UCCUCCGGCGGGCCGCGGAACAAAGAGAAGUAGCCAAGCAUAAAAUAGCAAGCACAGCUUCUGCUGAACAAGAGCAGUAGCAGACUACAAGGAAAGAGACAAUGUCUUCUGAAGCAGUCCAACAGGGAAGUCAGACACCUCCAGUAAAACAACCUGGAUGGCCAAUGUUAUUUUGCCCCAUCUCCCAAAUCCAAGACAAAGAGAUUGCAAGGAUCCGUAAAGAAUGCAAACAGGAAAGUUUCUGGUACAGAGCUCUUCCCUUAUCUCUUGGGAGCAUGCUUGUCACCCAGGGCCUAAUCUCAAAAGGCAUUUUCUCAGCAAGCCCAAAAUUUGGUCCAUACCCCAAGAUGGCAGUUGCCGGUGUCUUGGGUUUUGUCAUUGGAAAGAUGUCAUACAUGGGAGAAUGCCAAAAAAAGUUUCAGAAAGUUGGUAUUACACCAUUUUGUCCAAAACAAAAAAGGCAGUGCCAUCAUGUCUGCAAAGAAUGUAAAGCAAAACUGGGAUCGAAUGAGAAAGAAGGUUCAGGUCCUUCAGCAUCUUAGUCCCAGAUGUGGUGAACAUGAUAAAAACCUUAUGGACUAUCUUCUUUCAAGGCACUUUCCUGAAGAUUAGAAAUAAUAAUUUUGUGAUGCUGUCUCUUAGAUUUGGUAUAAACUGAUUUAUUUGAAAUAGUUGCAUAUUGUUAGACAGUUCUUUUGUACUAAAUACCAGCUUUUUGAAAUGCACUUUUUGAAAUACACUCCUCUCUUUCAGCA